CCACAAUUUCAACGCCACAAUCUUUAACAACAUCAAGUCUGAACCACAUGAUAUGGAUCCUGCUUGGGACGACCCUCCUCCUUAUGAAUUGCACUCUUCUGGUGAUGUUCUUGCUAGCACUUGCACAUUGAAGGCUGAUGGGACUCUCGAUAUCGAUUUCGCAUCUGCGGCCCCCGAAGAGUUGGAUAAACUGCUACCUGUACAGCAGCCAACGUUAGAAGAGCCGACACUCAGACCUGCGGGGAAAUGUCCACCACUCAAUAUCGUGGUGCAGGUGGUUGGUAGUCGGGGAGAUGUUCAACCGUUCAUAGCCCUUGGAACUGCUUUGAAAAGAUACGGACAUCGUGUACGACUGGCGACCCAUGAUGUGUUUGCAGACUUUGUUCGAAAAUCAGGCUUGGAAUUCUAUCCUAUUGGUGGUGAUCCCGAGGAGUUGAUGUCUUACAUGGUGCGCAACCCGGGGCUUCUUCCAUCCCUCGAUUCUUUGAAAGGAGGCGACAUUCCUCGAAAACGACGCAUGAUCUACGAGAUGUUGCGAGGCUGUGGGAAUUCUUGCAUGCUUCCCGAUCCAGUCACUCAUGAACCGUUCGUUGCAAAUGCUAUUAUAGCGAACCCUCCAUCUUUUGCGCAUGUGCACUGUGCGCAAGCUUUGGGUAUCCCUGUGCAUAUGAUGUUCACGAUGCCAUGGACGGCUACAAGUGCAUUUCCGCAUCCGCUCACCAAUCUGAGAACAAAAGAUAUGAAGCAAUCGCACGCAAAUUACUAUAGCUAUGGCGUCGUCAACAUGAUGACUUGGCAAGGGUUAGGCGAUGUUAUCAACAGGUGGCGGGUGAAGGACCUGCAACUAGAACCCAUACACACGAGCAUGGGCCCAGAUCUAGUCGAUUUUCUGAAGGUACCCGUCACAUACUGCUGGUCACCUGCACUGGUUCCAAAACCGCAAGAUUGGGGAUCAAAUAUAGAUAUAUGCGGCUUUUUCAUGCGAGAUGAACCGGUAUAUACACCACCCGAAGACCUCGCGAAUUUUCUUCGCGCCGGUCCCGCCCCUGUGUAUAUUGGAUUUGGAAGUAUAGUUCUGGAAGACGCUAAGAAAAUGACUCAACUCAUUCUUCACGCUUGUAAGACAGCGGGGGUUAGAGUUGUCAUUUCAAGAGGUUGGAGUAAAUUGGGCGGUGAUGACUCGAGUGCUGGCGAUGUUUUCUAUCUUGGAGACUGUCCUCAUGAGUGGCUCUUCAAACAAGUUUCCGCCGUUGUACAUCAUGGUGGAGCGGGUACCACAGCGUGCGGUCUGUACAAUGCACGACCGACGGUCAUUGUCCCUUUCUUCGGCGACCAACCUUUCUGGGGCAAUGUCGUUGCCAGCAAUGGCGCCGGACCACUUCCAAUACCGCACAAGGAACUGGACAGUCACAAUUUGGCAGAGGCGAUCAAGUUCUGCCUUAAAUCUGAGGCCCAGCAAGCUGCUCGAGUUGUCGCGGAGCAAAUGCGCCGCGAAAAUGGUGUUGAAACGGCUGUACAGUCCUUUCAUCGCCAUUUAAACAUCCCGGAUUUGAUCUGUGGUGUCAUACCUCAGAAUGCUGCAGACUGGGUUUGUCGCCUGCCAAAAUCUAAACUGGAUACCAGACUAUCUCAUGCCGCGCUGAAGAAGUAUAUUUCUAGUGGACAGCUGAAGCCCGCACAUGCACUGCCAUACCGGCCUAAGGAGUACAACACAGAUGUUGAGCGAUGGGACCCACUGACUGGAGGUGCAUCAGCUACGCUAGGAAUCAUGACUGAGUUCACAUCCGCUCUAGGUGGCACCUUCAUCAAUCCGUUCAAGGAUUACAAGCAAGCUCGACUUGCAGGUGACGGAGGUGGGUCGGCUGCAGCACUUGCUGUGGGCAAGGGGUUCGUAUCCAUGGGGACCAGCGUGACAAAAGGCACUCUCGUGGGCAUGCCGUUGGCACUCGCAGAGGGGCUUCGGAAUACACCAAGGUUAUACGGCGACGAAGUCAAAGAUCUUGGGAAAGUCAAAGAUUGGAAGAGUGGGGGAAUUGUUGCCGCAAAGAAUUGCGGAAUGGGAUUCUACGAGGGAGUCACUGACAUCGUGACCAAGCCCUAUGUUGGUGCAAAGAAAGAAGGAACCCUUGGCUUCGUGAAAGGUGUGGGCAAGGGUUCACUGAAUAUGGUAGCCAAACCUGGAAGUGCAAUGUUUGGGCUGUUGGCGUAUCCUGCACAAGGGAUCUAUAAGAGUGUAAAGAGCUUUGGGAAGAACACAAUCACAGACUUAGUCAGGACUGAGAAACUGGCAAGUUUCGAGCGCUACAACUCUUCGCAGGGCAAUCAUUAG